UAAACGAAGAUAGAAUAGAAAGAGAGAGAAAGAGCAAGUAAGCAUGGCAUAGAGACAGAGAGAGAGAGAGAGAGAAGAAACGACAGACAACCUCAACACCAGAAAGAGAGAGAGAGAGAGAGAGAGAAAAGAGUGUCCGUUAAUUUCUGUUUCCUUGCGAUGGUGGUUACAGAGGAAGAAAUAUCGGAAGCAUUGCAAUCUCUCCUUCGAGAAUCAAACCCUAGAAGACCAACAUUCACCACGCUCAACCAAGUGCUUCACCAGCUUCAAACCAACCUCGGCCACGACCUCUCUCACAAGCUCGAUUUCAUCGCCGCUCAGAUCAACCUCCUCCUCGCUCAACAACAACCGCCGCCGCAGAGGCAACAACCCCAUCAGCACCAACCACCACCUCCGAAAGACCAUUUUGCCCUUCACCAAAACCCUAAUUACCCCCAUGGACCUGUCACUUCCUCGUUUCAGACCUUCUCUUCCAACCCUGUUCCCGCUGUCGCUGAGGCUGCUCGCACUGAAGCUCCUCCUCCUCCUCCGUCUCCGCCUCAUGUCCCUCGCAAUGAAGCUCCCAAGGAUAGUACUCAAACUAAGCCGAAGAGAAGAGGUGGCCCUGGAGGUCUCAACAAACUUUGUGGUGUUUCACCUGAACUACAGGUCAUUGUUGGCCAGCCAGCAUUGCCAAGGACUGAGAUCGUAAAGCAACUCUGGGCUUACAUAAGGAAAAACAAUCUCCAAGAUCCUAGCAACAAAAGGAAAAUAAUUUGCAAUGAUGAACUGCGCGUGGUGUUUGAGACGGAUUGUACUGAUAUGUUCAAGAUGAAUAAGUUACUAGCUAAACACAUAAUCGCCCUUGAACCAAGCAAACAGCCUGCUCCAAAGAGGCAGAAGGUAGAUGUGGAGUCAGGAACCAAAAGUGCUGAACCUGCUCCUUCUGUGAUAAUAUCUGAUACACUUGCCAACUUUUUUGGCGUUACUGGAAGGGAGAUGCUACAGUCAGAGGUUCUGAGGCGUAUCUGGGAGUACAUUAAGGUCAAGCAGUUGGAGGAUCCUGUGAAUCCUAUGGCAAUUAUGUGCGAUGCAAAGCUUCAGGAGAUCUUUGGCUGCGAAAGCAUUUCAGCAUUGGGGAUACCAGAAGUUUUGGGCCGUCAUCAUAUUUUUAGGAGAUCAUGAUGCUGACAGCAUUCUAUGUGACAGAUCUGUGGUGUUAAUUCCAGUACAGUACGAGCUGAUCCUGACUGCAUGUUAAUAUGGUUCUGUAAUUUGACUGAUUAAUUUGUGUCUUUAGUUUAUGUUUAUAAGUUAUUAGCAGAAUGAAGAUGCAGGGACAACUUUCAUUUUGGGCGUGGCAUUGUGCUUUUAGGUUGUGUUUUGUUGUCUAACUUAACGUGUAGGUUAGAAUGACCUGUGGGUAUUCUGACACUUGUAUAAUGCUGACAAUAGGAAAGAAACUGAUGUAUCCGUCAAACUUGGCUCUUGCCAUUUAUGAGUAGUUAAUGAAAUGCAGCUUGAUAGAUGCACAUAUAA